UCCCCUCCCCCUCCGCUCCCCGCCGCCUCCGCCCGCCGCCCCGGCAGCGUCGGGUAAACCUGUUCUGCUAGGCGGCCGCGCCGGGGCGGAUCUAGCGGCCGGUGGCUCCUGGCGGCUCGCGGCGUCGGGGCCCGUGGAGCGCGCGGCCGGCCCUCGGCCGCAGCCCUCCGCACCGCCACCAUGUACUCGGGAGCCGGCCCCGUUCUUGCUUCUCCUGCUCCGACGACAUCACCCAUCCCAGGAUAUGCCUUCAAGCCUCCACCUCGGCCGGACUUCGGCACCACCGGGAGAACAAUCAAACUACAGGCCAACUUCUUUGAAAUGGACAUCCCCAAAAUUGACAUCUAUCACUAUGAACUGGACAUCAAGCCUGAGAAAUGCCCUCGGAGAGUGAACAGGGAAAUUGUGGAGCACAUGGUCCAGCACUUUAAAACCCAGAUCUUCGGGGACCGGAAGCCAGUGUUUGAUGGAAGGAAGAAUCUGUACACUGCAAUGCCCCUUCCGAUUGGCAGGGACAAGGUGGAGCUGGAGGUCACGCUGCCAGGAGAAGGCAAAGAUCGCAUCUUUAAGGUAUCCAUCAAGUGGGUGUCGUGCGUGAGUCUACAGGCGUUACACGAUGCACUUUCGGGGCGGCUGCCCAGCGUCCCCUUCGAGACGAUCCAGGCCCUGGACGUUGUCAUGAGGCACUUGCCAUCCAUGAGGUACACCCCUGUUGGCCGUUCCUUCUUCACUGCAUCUGAAGGCUGUUCCAACCCGCUGGGUGGGGGCAGAGAAGUGUGGUUUGGCUUCCAUCAGUCCGUCCGACCUUCUCUUUGGAAAAUGAUGCUGAAUAUUGAUGUAUCGGCAACAGCGUUUUACAAGGCACAGCCGGUGAUCGAGUUUGUUUGUGAAGUUUUGGAUUUUAAAAGUAUUGAAGAACAACAAAAACCUCUGACAGAUUCCCAAAGGGUAAAGUUUACCAAAGAAAUAAAAGGUCUAAAGGUGGAGAUAACGCACUGUGGUCAGAUGAAGAGGAAGUACCGAGUCUGCAAUGUGACCCGGCGGCCUGCCAGUCACCAAACGUUCCCACUGCAGCAGGAGAGUGGGCAGACAGUGGAGUGUACAGUGGCCCAGUACUUCAAGGACAGGCACAAGCUGGUUCUGCGCUACCCCCACCUCCCGUGUUUACAAGUUGGACAGGAGCAGAAACACACCUACCUUCCUUUGGAGGUCUGUAACAUAGUUGCUGGACAGAGAUGUAUAAAAAAAUUAACAGACAAUCAGACCUCAACCAUGAUCAGAGCAACUGCCAGGUCAGCACCCGAUCGGCAGGAGGAGAUCAGCAAAUUGAUGCGAAGUGCAAGUUUCAAUACAGACCCAUAUGUUCGUGAAUUUGGAAUCAUGGUGAAAGAUGAGAUGACAGAUGUGACCGGGCGGGUUCUGCAGCCGCCCUCCAUCCUCUACGGGGGCAGGAACAAAGCGAUUGCCACCCCUGUCCAGGGGGUGUGGGACAUGAGAAACAAGCAGUUCCACACGGGCAUUGAGAUCAAGGUGUGGGCCAUCGCCUGCUUCGCACCCCAGCGCCAGUGUACGGAAGUCCAUCUCAAGUCCUUCACAGAACAACUGAGGAAGAUCUCAAGAGACGCUGGGAUGCCUAUUCAGGGUCAGCCCUGCUUCUGUAAAUAUGCACAGGGGGCAGACAGUGUGGAACCCAUGUUCCGGCACCUGAAGAACACAUACGCUGGUCUCCAGCUCGUGGUGGUCAUCCUGCCUGGCAAAACUCCUGUGUACGCGGAAGUCAAGCGUGUUGGGGACACUGUGCUGGGGAUGGCCACACAGUGCGUCCAGAUGAAGAACGUGCAGAGGACCACACCGCAGACCCUAUCCAAUCUCUGCUUAAAGAUCAACGUCAAACUGGGAGGCGUCAACAACAUCCUGCUGCCACAGGGCAGGCCUCCAGUGUUCCAGCAACCCGUCAUCUUCCUGGGAGCUGAUGUCACCCACCCACCAGCUGGGGAUGGGAAGAAACCUUCGAUUGCUGCCGUUGUGGGCAGCAUGGACGCACACCCCAACCGCUACUGUGCCACCGUGCGCGUGCAGCAGCACCGACAGGAGAUCAUCCAGGACCUGGCUGCUAUGGUUCGAGAGCUGCUCAUUCAGUUCUACAAAUCUACACGCUUCAAGCCCACCCGCAUCAUCUUCUACCGCGAUGGCGUCUCCGAGGGCCAGUUCCAGCAGGUUCUCCACCAUGAGCUCCUGGCCAUCAGAGAGGCCUGCAUAAAGCUGGAGAAGGACUACCAGCCAGGGAUCACAUUCAUCGUGGUGCAGAAGCGCCACCACACUCGUCUCUUCUGCACGGACAAAAACGAGCGGGUCGGAAAGAGUGGGAACAUUCCAGCAGGCACAACUGUAGACACGAAGAUCACCCACCCAACUGAGUUUGACUUCUACCUGUGCAGCCAUGCCGGCAUCCAGGGGACAAGCCGUCCUUCACACUACCACGUGCUUUGGGAUGACAAUCGUUUCUCUUCUGAUGAGCUGCAGAUUCUGACCUACCAGCUGUGCCACACCUACGUGCGCUGCACACGCUCUGUGUCGAUACCUGCCCCAGCUUACUAUGCUCACCUGGUGGCCUUCCGAGCCAGGUACCACCUGGUGGAUAAAGAACAUGACAGCGCUGAAGGAAGCCAUACCUCGGGGCAGAGCAACGGGCGAGACCACCAAGCACUGGCCAAGGCGGUCCAGGUCCACCAGGACACACUGCGCACCAUGUACUUUGCUUGACAUGUUGUAUUGUUUAGCGAUUGUGUACCAAGUUGGAUUCACACGAGACCAGCUACACUCAGACCAACAGAUGCCCAGCCCUUCCGUGACAGCCAGCAUCGAACAUGAGACGUCUUUGGUUUUAUUAGAUCCUCCAUUUUUCCAGAAUGCCUUCCGUCCCAGAUUUCAGACUUGGAUUUUGAGCCGCAGGCCUGUAUGAGACCCCAGUGUAGGAAACGCGGUUUGCCAACCCUAUAAGCUGCUCGCUGAGAGUCCCGUUUCCUAAAAACAAACAAAACAACAACAAAAUGUCCUAAAACCAGUCUAUGAACUCUCAGGGCUUUAAAACACUUCAAUUUAUUUGGUCAUGCGAGUUACUUGUUUCUAACACCUGAUUCUCAAUGAAAUCAAUCGAUGGGCUCAAUCUAGCUAUGAAGGCUCUGAGCAUGAAAGCAACAUCAUUACCAUUGGGGUUUUAAAGCCUGGCCCUAAGAAGUUGUCACUAAUGUUGAAUUCUAAGGGAUGCCAUGUGCCCUGCAGCCCCAGGGCAGUGGCUGCUAGGUAUCCACGGUGUCUCUCGCCCACACCCGCCGCCACUGCCUGCCCUCGAGGCCUGAACGAAGGCAUAGUGGGCAGGGGGUGUGGUCACGUGUGUUUAUGGCAGUGACAAGUCCGAGAGAUUGGCAGACAAGUGCCAUUUUGAUAAAAAUUUAUUUAAAAAGAGAAAAAAGACAAUAUACUGACAGUCUAAUCAUAAGAUUUGUCCUGUAGGACUGUGACAUUUAUUUUCCAAAGUUUCUAAAGAAUACGGGUCUGUGGUGAUAAAUACAGUACAAUCCUUUUUCACUGUUAAUGUCUUUAAUGUAAGAGAAGAAUAUAUGUAUCUGGUUUGCAGUAUUAAUGUGGUAGGUAGAUGCUGUUUCCCUUUCGUUGAUGAGGGGCGCUUCUCGUGACCUGCUUCCCAUAUCAGGAGCCGUGUGGAGCCUGGAGACAGUCCACCUCUUGUGGCUUUUAGUGCUUAAGUAGAGGAAUAUGCAACUGGCUUCACCUAACAGCGAUGCCCCCUCCCCCUCCCCCUCCCCUACUCCCACUGUGGACUGUGUAGCUGUACCUCCGGGAAGGACAGUGUGCUUGCCAGUAAUCUGCCGUCCUUCCUGCCUCGUCCAUGUGUGUCGCUCAGCCGACGAAGCACAAAUGGAAUUUAUUUAUUCUUCCAUUGCUGGUAAACAAGUUCACGUAAGAGUGCACUUCUCUCCGUGUGCAGUUCUGGAAGGUGGGUUUCAUAGGAUCUAUGCACUGAAGUGGAGAGCGCGCUGCCCAUAGUGGCUCUGCCGGCCUGGGACUGGCAGGCCAGAGUGGAGCGUUCCCCAGGAACUGACAGUGGGCAGGGCCAGCAGGGCAGGCACGGACUUUCUCUGGGUGUUAUUUGCUUCUGGGCCCCAAUGUGGGUUUGCCAGCCCAGAGAUCAAUGAACUGAGAGGGGCCACUAUGAGUGGCUCCGCAGGUGGCAGCAGCCACCUCAGUGUGUGUGUCCUGUGGGCCUUUUGUGCUCCUACCGAAGCUAAGUGAGCAUCAGGUCCGUCCCACAUCCAAGUUCCCGGAAGGAGACGAGCCUUCCCUUCUGUGCUGCUUUGUGCUCUGUGGGUUUUCUCUACCCUGCUGACGGUCCUUACCCCUCAGCUCUGCGUCAUUUACCUCUGACCCUGUGGUAGAGGGAGGGUGCCCACCCUCUCCCCCUGCCGUGGCUGGUGCCUCAUGCUAGAGGACACAGUACCACCUUUGCCCCAUUCCCUAUCUGCGCUGGAGCUGUGGGGAAGGGCAGACGCAGUUACCUGGGAAGUCACACCCUCAGCAGGUGUGUGUAUCUGUGUAUGCAUGUGGGUGUCUUACUAAUGACAUUAGUCUCUUCUUGCUGUGUCUUUAGAAAUCUUUUAAAGUAACAAGACCCCCAGUCUAAGAAGCACUGGGACUGCCUGCGAUCCCAUUGGCAAGUGGCACUUUUUCAAACUGUUUCCAAAAGGAUAUAAAACCACUCAGCUCACCUAACUUGGUCAGGCUGGAAAACUGGUUAAACUAGUGAACUUUUAGAAUCUGAAAUUCGAUUGUUUUCAACCACUCUUAGAACCAAGUGUUUCUAAGGUGUGUCUUCAGCCCCUUGCCUUGGGAUCUUAGUCAUGCAAGUGAGUUUUUUAGAAUGCAGAUUCUCAGGCCUGUUGCCAGCUUCUUGGAUCUGGCACUGUGUUUGAGGCCACCCCACCCCCACCCCUGGCACCCCCCUCCCCCCACCGUGGCUCUGUAGGCUCUCUGAGGCCGUACCCCAUAAUGCCAAGGGAACUGGAGGGAACUCCUAUCAGAGCUCACACCUAGGAACGCUUGUGGACUGGGGAAAGCUAAGCUAGGAGUUUCGUUUUGAUGUCUUGAAGGAUAAGUUUUCUUUCUGACGGGCUAAAGUACUGGAAGAAAAGUACUUUCUACAGUAGCCCAUGCUUACUUGUGACACUUUUAAUAUGAAAUGUAUCCCCAGACCAAAUGUCCCUAAUUGAGUUAGAUGCACAUCGUCCACAUGUCUUAUGAUGCAGUGCUUAUAAAUGGCUAUAGUUCCAAUUUCUCAGGUAAAUGAUUGUUUCCCCCGAUUUCUGCCCUCCCCUUAUUAUUAACAUUAGUUUCGAGACAGUGUGAGACCUCAGAGUGUGGUAGCAGCUCCGGCCAUCUUCUGCAGGAGCCAGCUUUUUUUUUGAGUGUACCUGCACCCAAGACUGGUGACAGGUGCCGUUCUCUCCUGAGGUGAUACCUGGCCAAGUUUGAAGACUGCCCACUUGCUAGCUGUAUUCCCAACCCCACUGUUAAGUAAGGUGUGCCUUGCUUUAAGCAAACUGAAUGUGAUUGUGUUGUGCUCUGUAUCCAGUUGGAAGGAAAACUAGGACGUGCCCAUCUCUUUAAGAGAGGCUACCCAAUUAGACUCUCCUGGUGGCACUUCCUAGUACUCUGUAAGAUAUUCACUCUUAAAAACCCAUCAUGACAUCCAUCCCUUCACCACUGUGUGCACCAGGCAGCAGGCUCUCCCGCCCCAUGCUGAUGAAGCAACGCAAAACUCUGUAGAGAGACAUCGAGGCCCCAUCCCAUAGCUUAGCCCUUAGCGAUACUAGCAGAGCUCCCACCUGUCACUGAGUGUUCUAAGAUUCUCCUAGUCCCCGUCAUGUCUGAGACCGAGCACACCUGUACUUGUAGAGAGGGGCUGCUCGGUUUGGGCUGGGAAGUGCUCACGUGCACACUUGAUACCACUUUGGGUCUGCUCUGCCUUUCCAGAUUUGGCCUCUUGGCCACUCCUCACACCCACCCGCUUGCUGGCCUCCAGGCCACAGGGCACUGCCAGUGAGGAGACUGCUAGCUCCGUGCUGUCUGCAGCUGGCCCAACAUCUGUAUUCCUAAUGUUUACCUGUUACUGAGCGCUUGAUAGAAAGACUUGGCCCCUGCAGCAGCCUUGGGCGAUUGUUCCCCCAUUGUCAUCUUCUUAUGUUAUUUUAUUGUUUUUAAAUGCAAAUGUUGCUAUUUAUUUCUUUUUUCCUCUCCUGCUCUGGUUUGACUUAGUUGAGCUGGCUAUACCAGUGCAUGUGGUACCUGAUGGAUAUGAUAGAGAUUAUUUCCCCAACUUUUAUAACUUACCCAAUGUUUACCUUCAGGCUUGCUAACACUUUAUUUUUCGAAGUCACAGAUGUAAUUUUUCUGGAUGAAUUGUUUUUCUUAUAUAUGCAGUGGUAUGCUUUUGCAUUGAUCUGCAGGGUGAUUUGAAUUUUAUUUUUACAAGCAGUUUUUCAAUCAAAUUCUAUAUUUGAUAUGAUGUGUUAAGGGUAGACCAGCCCGGGAGUCAUGCAGCUGGGGUCCCCUGAGUGUCCAGGAGGCCUUAGGGCUGGGUGGCCUCUCUUGGUAGUCCCUGUGGUGGUAGCACUGGUCACAGGAACGUCGGGGUCCUUCAGCAUGGCCCUGACCUCUUGGAUUGUUACAAGGAUUUCUUCAAUGGGCAUUUUGCUACACAGACAGUGGACAAUCCUGGUGGCCCCAGACAAGCCAUAAGCAACCUUUCUGUGACCUCUCCCUGACUCAUCUUUCACACCCAUGGGAAAAGGAAUGUGCCCUGAGAAGAAGCUACACUCCCUUGGUGUUCAUACGCCUCACUUGUGAAUGCAGACAUUUUGCUUAUGUUUUAAGCCCUUCCCUGCGGUAACCAUGCUAGCCAGCUCACCAUAGGCAGAGCACAUGUAACUCUUGCCCAGAGCGCGCUGCUACAGGCAUGCCCAUCACUCCUAUAAGUUGCACUGAUCUCUGACAGUCUCCUUUACUGUGCCCAACUCCCUUUCUGCUGUACUGAUUUGAAGUGAUUGUAAACGGAUUCACAGUGGCAAGAGUGAUGUUGAUGGUGGGGCGUUGCCUCACUCCUGCGAUCCCAACACACAUUUCAGUAUUAUGUGCUCGAGUGUGCCGACUGGGCUCUAUCCUCGAGUGUUGUGGGCUAGCCUUGUCUCACACUCUGAUAAGAAGUCCUCUCUCCCCUCUAUACAGGACAGCAUGCUCUUCGAGACCUGAAGGCUUGAAUGUAAACAGAUUAGUUAGUUUUUGUGAUACUUUGGUCUGUUUAGUUUUCUUGUGAUCUGCAAGGCCCCCCCAAAACUAUGUCCUCCCAGUUUCAUGUGGCCUUUGUCAGUGUGGACAGCAUGUGAAUAGCCCAAUCAGUGUUAGCAGGCCAUCGCUACAUUUUUUGGCCAGCCCUCAACUUAAAGUUGUGAGGUCACUGCUGUGUCAGACUGUCAUCUGUGGUCCAUUCAUGGGAUACCUGAAGCCCGGUGCCGCCCUUCAUGCCUUGUGACGCUGCUGGGAUCUAAGUGCAUGCUCUGUUUAGCCUCGUAUGAACUGUCUGUGGUCAGGGUACCCAGUGUCUGAAACAAAAGGAAUUAUUACACUCAAACCACCGAGAGAGCGAGAGCGAGAGAGAGAGAGAGAGAGAGAGAGAGAGAGAGAGAGAGAGAGAGAGAGAGAGAGAGAGAGCAUGAGAGAGCAUGCGUGUGUGUGUGUGUGUGUGUGUGUGUGUGUGUCAGUGCCAUUGCAGAGCCCUCACCUUGUGUCUUUGGAUUUGUUCAGCCAUUUUCUUUGUCUCAAGUUGAAUGUACCGGCUUAGCCAAAUCACUACAGAAGGUGGUUUCUAAAAACCUUUUAGACAGAUGCAUAAAAGCUACCUCUGACUUCUCAUAGAUUUGUGUUUGCUCUGAAGCAUUGCUAUCCACACUGAAUAUAGCCAAAAUAUCGCCUGGAUAAACUGAGUUGUGAACUCCUCUGUUCAGUUCUGGCUUGAAAAUGUGUGUGCCAUACUGUGAUCUGGGGCGGCGGCGGCUGCUCCGCUGCCACUGCCCAGGGACUCCUCAGCAUCAGCACCACCCAGCUCCAAGAUUCUAGCAUCCGAGAGGCUGGCCGUAGGGCUUCUCUGCACCGGGAGCAUGCACCCACCAGGCUAGUGGGCAUGACUGUGCAGGGCCACGGGUGGCUGAGCCUGGAGCUAGUCUGUCUGUCCCUGCCUAGUUUUGCUUUCCUAUUUAAUAAUGUAAGAAGGCAUCUUUACUCCUGCUUUGCUUGUGAAUGGAUUGAAAGUGGCUUCCCUGCUCUCUCCUCCCUGUUUUGUACACUAUAAACUCGUAAAGGUGCUUCAACACCGACUCUUGUGCAGAUAAUGUAUUUAAGUAGUUGCACGGAUUCAGCUAGUGCAGACGGAGCUGACCUUGGGACCCUGGUAAAAGUGAAAGACUGGAAAGCCCUGUGGUCCACUUGGAGCAAUGGACUCUGCUUGAGAAGGUCCCUGUCGCACUGGCAGAGCAGGUCUAACUCAUAGAAUUGUUGUGGGGACCCGCCACCUCUGACCAAGCUGUGCUGUGGUUGUCCACUUUGCUGUCCAGAAGGUCAUCCUCUUCUAUCACGGCUCCACCUGCAUCCCCUUCCUUGGAAAGUCAGCAUAAGAUCCCAGAUUCCCCUAUUUAGCUUGAGGGCUAGAUGGACAGUACCAUGAGGGGACAGAUGGACGGUGUCAUGAAGGCAGGUGCCUGGGAAUUGGGCUGGGCUUGGGGGAGCUCUUCUAAAGGUUCUUUGUGCCCUCCCCAGCCUCCCCUCACCACUGUUGUAUUGUGUGUGUGUGUGUGGGGGGGUCAUCUUCCAUUCUUUUGACUUGGACAGCUCAGUACCCUUAGAAACCCUCACAUAUUUCUCUGUGUGAAAAACCAGAGGCAUGGAGGGUAGUGGGUGUUUGCAACACCCCUGACCUGCACCCCGGGGUUAAUUAAAUCCUCUGACUUGGCUGGGAUUUGGAAAUCCAGGGAAGCACAGGGUACUAGAUAUGUUAUGCUUAGGGUCAUACCCAGGUGCCAUGGUGUAAGCCACAGUCCUCGGCACCAGCACAGAGACAGCCAGCCUUCCCACGCAUGGCACUUGUGAAAAAUACGAAAGUAAGCCGGAGCCCGGGCCACUGCAGUGUUCAGCUGACGUGGUCUUUUUACUGGUUGAAGGGAGAACACUAUUUGAAACCUUCCAGUGCCCUGAUGGUUCUAGUUCCUCUGUUGGGGGUGGGGGUGGGGGCGGGGGCGGGGACUAAAAGACUGAUUGAGCUCCUGUUUUGUUUAGAGCUCUUUUGAGUUCAGUUAAAGAUAAAGCCCUGGAGUAUAUCCUCCCUGUGUCACCAGCAAGAAGGUAGGAGGGCCUUCUCAUUCCGUUCUUUCUGCAUCUUCAAGCUCCCCAACAUCAGAUCACUCGAGUACCCACACCAGCCAUCAGCAGAGCGAAGUAUACAUAUGGGGACAGGUGUUGGGAAAUUCACAGCUUGUAAUGGCCACUCCCGGGUUGUAAGGGGCAGGCCCUCCAUCCUGCACAGCAGGUGGCCUCGGCCCUGCCUCCAGGCACUGGUUUCACUCUCUGUACACCUAGCUCACACUUGGAGCCUUGAAAGUCUGUUCUUGGAGUCCUUUCAGAACCAUGCUGGGCUGGCCAACAGUUGACCCUGCAGCCCUCAACUCUUUUCUUGCAAACUGAUGCCACCUUGGAGCCUGUAGCUGUGGAGACACACUCAGGCCUGUCCUGGGUUCUUUGUGUUCUGAAAUGCAGGGGCACCUCUGCUGGGGUUUGGUCAGGCACUGGCAAAGGCUACUUGCUGGUCUUGUGUUCUCUGCCUCUCAGCAAGACUGCCGUAGUGGAAGUAGGUUUAGAGGGAAUUGGAAUCACGUCUUUGUGAAUGAGUGUAAAGUCCUCGGGCGUGAGGUGCUCCCUCUGUGGUCCUUUUGGAAUGUUUUCUGUUGUUGUUGCUCCAUUGUUAACUCUCUGUUCUAUGACCCUGGGGGAGACUGCUCACUUAGGUGUGAUGUUACUUAAACCGAAAACAUAGGACUCCAGCUUUGAUGUGCGGGUGGUGUGAUUUUCAUCUCUGACCUUCUCAAGGCAGCGAUGGUGCCAUUUCCUAGCUCAGUCUAAUUAAAUCCUCCCUCCCUGUCAAGCGAUUGCUUUUGUUGGUUUUAACAAGAGUAGUCCAGUCUGGUUAUUCUAUUUCCUUAAUUACAUAGAAAAGGCCUGUGCAGCACUGUCUGCAGACACAUAACACAUUUAGCAAUUUUGGUUCCUCUUCAAAGCCAAAUAGACCUAUGUGAUUAAACUCCAAGAGGGUACAAUUCAGCAUUAAAUUAAAAUUUGAGUCAUGAGUUUGAGAGGGAAUUUCAGUAUAGUUGAAAAAGUUAUGAAUUCAUGUUUUAUAAUUAUAGAGGCAAGUGAGUAUUUAAAAAAAUGUUGUAAGAGAACAAUUGUAAGUUUCUGUGCAACUGUUCGGCUACUGCCUCAUAAAUACAGGAAGAGCUCAUAGCUGAUUCUCUUAACCUCCCACACUUUGGAUUACCUGCCUAAUAUGUAUUGAGGGAUUUUAACCCUUGGUUGUAUCAAAUUUUCUAGUUUUAUUUUAUUUUUAUAAAAUAAUUGAAAAAGAACCAAAAAUGAAUCCAGAAGUUCCCCAGUGGCUCCUCCCCCAGUCUUAAUCCCUCCCACAUACACACUCAAACCUUUUAGAAAAAGACAUUUUGAAUCAAAAUGUAUUCCAUCCAUUUACUGUUUGCUACUUUCUGAGAAGUGGAACAGCUACAAGGGCCUGCUUCAGGUGGCACUCUGUAUGUCAUGGACAUGUUUGUACCUGUACAGUGGAUCUGUGUGAUGACGUCUUGUGCUUGCGGUUUAGAAACCACGCAGUGCUGUUUUGUAAAUUGACAGUUUCUGUGUAAACCAUUAUUUAUAACCCUUGGCCCCUCUGUAUAAUUUUUCAUUUGCUACAUGGAUUGUAUAAUUAUAAAAUUAUAGUACCUGCUAAACCCGAUUCUGAGGCUUCAUGUCGUUGUCUUUGGUUUGAUACCAGUCUGGAUCUGGAGGCUGCCUAGGCCUUGCGCAAUACCAGUAGUGACAUCACUCGAAAUUAAGCCUUAAUCAGAUAGUGAAUUUGUGCAUUUCAGAGGAUGCAAAAAAAAAAAAAAAAAAAAAAAAGAAAGAAAGAAAAGAAAAGAAAUAAGAAAAAAGAAAAGAAAAGCAGAGUGAGUUUCAACCACCCAGGUCAAGAUGUUCAACCCUAACUCUAACCAAUUCCCUCUGGAGUGAAAAGGGACUGUUACCAAGGUUACACUCUUCCCUCUCACCUGUGUUCUCCCAUGUGGCUUGAAACAGAUGAUGUGCAUUUCUGUGGCAGUCUAUCUAGAGACCUUUUUCGGGGUUAUCUUCAAGUGUCUGAUUCCUCUCUGUCUGAGACGAGCCUCUAUCGCUGGGGAGCACAGUUGGGGCGUAGGUUUCGUCAGCCUACUCAGCAGCUAAGCUCCCCGCAGUUACUGCCAUUAUAUGUAACCUGCAUAGAUUACAACAGAUUUUUGUUGGGCAAAAGCAUCUUCAAUCUUGAGGUAAAAGAGAGGGGACCCAGCUUUCUUUACAAUGUGGAUCUACCUCAGUUAAACAGUUGGGUGCUAUUAACUAAGUCUGUCGAAUUAAAUUGGAAAAAGUAACCAAACAGUGGGACAUAACUAACUGCACAUGAAACUUGAAGACAUCAUUUCCGUUUCUUUAAUAAUACUUUUUAUUUAUUUUGUGCCUUUUAUGUUAACCCUAAUGCAGUUUUUUAAAAUUCAGAAUAGUCAUUUUCUCUUGCAAGUGGGGAGCCCAACUGACCAUACAAGUAUGCUAUCCAGCUGCUCUAGUAUUCGGGGAUCCUGCCCUCUGCCCUCUUGGGAAACGAAGGGGGAAAUGUGUCUGUGAGCAAAUGUUACACAUCAUAUACCCCAGUUCUUACAUAUUCAUAGCUUUCGCUUCAUUUCUGUGCCAUCCAAAGGGGCAACCCCCAAAACCGACACCCAAGUACUUUUGUCUCUGCUUUUUCAGCUGACUGUGUCUCUUCUCUGGCAUGACUUGUGUGAGACUUUCUUUUGUAAGCAGCAAAUGGACUGCUGUUGAUCCCAUCUUCUGGCUUGCACGGUGAAGGUGCUAAACGCCGGGAGCAGAGGCGGGGGCAAGCUUGCAGCCGUCUGGAGGCCAGGCCGGAGGCGGGGAGGAUGUGCGUUCUGCGGCAGUCCGCCAUUUGUGAAGUCAGGAACACUCUGACUGGUAAGAAAAUAAGAUCGGAGGUCGAUAACUUUCCAUCCUUUAUAUUUGUCAGUUUACAACUUUUCCUACAACGGCAACUAUUUUGCCAUAAUUCUUUGGAGGUAACACAAUAUUUUGGAGUCUUCUGAAUUUGAUUUUAUACCAGUAAGAAAUCAAAGUUUUAGGGCUCUUUCCUGUCGUAUAUAGUUUUACGCAUUUAAAGUGAUCUCUGGAUUUUAGAAGAGAACCAACUGUACUUGGUAGCAAACCUCCAAAAGGUGAGGGAGGAGCCCUGCCCCUCCCCCUCUUCCUCUGCUCCCUAUCCCUUCCCUUCCCUUCCCAGGAUCUCAAAAAAGGAAAACAAGAAAAAAAAAAAAUGAUGAUUCCAGUUUAGGUGUUUGUGGGCUUUUUUUUUUUUUUUUUUUUAAAGUUUCCAUCAGGUUGAUACUUAAGCUAUAUUUUAUAGAAUUAAACCUCCUUUAGUAUGCUGCAUAUGGAUACAAAGCUCAGAGCUGUUGCACUUUCUCUGUAAUCAAUGCCCUACAAUUGGCUCGCCGGAAGCAUUUUCUUUUAACCUAAUGUGUACUUUGGGCAGGUGAUGAAAUUUACAUAGGUACCUCAAAUCAAGACCUGCGCGUGCUGCAUUUGGAUUUUUUUGGUUUUGUUUUGGUUUGCUUUUCUAUGUAUCAUUAUGUUUUAUUUUUUUUUUCGGUGUUAUGCUUUUCGGACCCCAAUAGUCUGUUGAAAGAACAACCUAAAAAGUUAAGUAUCCUUGUUUUCUCCCCCCUGCAGUAUGUGGUUCUAAAGGUCAUCCUCCAUUAGGAAUCUUUCCCCAAGCGCACCCAAGGAAAAGGGUACGACGCUUCCCAGCGGGCCGUGCCAUUGAGACCUUUUGUGUUCAUGCUGCUUCGAGUCCCUCCUCCACAUCACCUAAGGGUGGGUACCUCCAUUGCAACAUUGUGGCAUCUUAACUUUUACACACAGACCUCAUGGGUGUCCACUGCGGAAGUAGCGUGACCCUAAGACACUGGCAGCGAGAGCAGCCCGGCCCGGGAGCGGCGGCCUUCGCAUCUCUCUCUCAGCACUCAGCCACGCUGACCUGGCCGGGUGGUCUGCAUGGACAGGACAGCUGGUGAAGAAAGCCGGAUGCUCAGACACCGUGCGUCUCCCAUCCUGUUGAAGCUCAGCUGGGUCCUUUGUUUUCACAGCUUCCUAGGUUAAAUAGUUUGCACUAUUUUUGCAAUAAAUUCAUGGGAAACCUAACAGCUACUUAUGUUGUUGUUCUUAUUGUGUGUAUAAACUAACACUAAAGAUUUGCUAUAGUGUUUGCUUUUCACCUCCUUAUGUAGCCCCCUAACAUGCACAGAAUGCUGUAAACCUGAUAAGAUAUGAUGUGGAUGAUAUUUUAUAAAGUUAUUUUGUAUGGUGUCAAUUUUGUUUUGCCGCAUAGUGUGUCAGCAAAAAAUAAAAUAAAAGUCCUCGUAUUUACAGCUGCA